UUAGGAUAAUACAUUUCAAAUCGGUUAGUCUAUCUACAGCUGAGCUGCUGUUGACUUCCACUGACAGUUUAAUUGCCAGUUAAUCAAGCUAUCACUGCUAUGAAUAUUCCAAAUACUUUCGCAGCGCUUUACAUACAGUUGAUGUGAUAUCCGCGACCAUAAAAAAACGCUGUUAGUUGUGCUGUGUGUUUACGAAAAAGAAAUGGCUCAGUACUUGGAGGAAAACCAUCACCUCAUGCACCACCAAGACUACCAGAACAAGCCCCUGAAUAUGGACACUAAGAUCCAGGAGAACAAAGGUUCUUUUUGUAUAGACGCGCUGUUGUCCAGGAACGACGAGAGACCCGCUAGUCCUGAUACGUCAAGGAGCAUCUCGCCGACGUCUACAAGGAGCAGGAGUCCUCCUAUAUCCCCAGGAAGCGAGGAUAUCCCCGCGACGGCGUUCGUUCCAAGACCGGGACUCCUCAGUCAUAUCUACCCCAACGGGGGAGGUUUCUACGGGUACCAAGGUCAACCCCAAGCGUCUGCUUUCCAUUCUUUGGACGGGACGAUGGUGCAGAAGGUCCAUCUACCCGUAAGUCACCACAAUCAGAGUCAAAUCCAUCAAAUGCACUUGGAAUGGCUGGCUAGGACUGGGAUGUUUUACCCUAGGUUACCGGAUCUAACAGGAAAAAAUUGGAGCAAAUUUUCAACAAUGCGGAAGAUGAAUUGGAAAAUUUCAUAUUAUUGGCAUGAGAGCAACUUUUCAAAAGGAAUUUCUAAAAAUUAG